CCGCAUAGGCCUCCGUACACCGCUGAUGAGCACAUGAUGACGGCCCACUAGUGGACGGUUCACUCACUGUGUUCACUGUGUCCACUGCGCUCUCCGUGCUCCAGGAUUGUUCUGUGCGCGUAAACACAUAAAGUCAUGAAGGUGGUCACCAUCAUCGGCAGCGGUCUGAUCGGACGCUCUUGGGCGCUCGUCUUCAUCAGUGGAGGCAUCUCGGUGAAGAUCUACGACAAGCAGCCAGGGCUGGCCUCCAGCGCCCUCAGCUCCAUCAGGCAGCAGAUGUCAGAGCUGGAGCAGAAGGACAUGCUCCGUGGAGAGAUGAGUGCAUCUGAGCAGCUCUCUCUGCUCAGCGCUUGUGAUGACCUGAAGACUGCAGUAGAGGGCGCCUUCUUCAUCCAGGAGUGUGUGUUUGAGGACCUGGAGGUCAAACAGAAGGUCUUCCUGGACGUUGAAGGCCUUGUAGGAAGUGAUGUCAUCCUCAGCAGCUCCACUUCCUGUCUGAUGCCUAGCCUGGUCUUCUCCAAAGUGCAGCAGCAGAGCCGCUGCCUGGUGGCUCACCCGGUUAACCCUCCAUACCUGGUGAGGCUGGUGGAGCUGGUCCCUCACCCUCUGACCUCAACCUCUGUGAUGGACACAGCCCAGGCCCUCAUGAGCCAGGUGGGCCAGGUGGCGGUGCGUUUGAGUCGGGAGUUGGAUGGUUUUGCUCUGAACAGGAUCCAAAUGGCCGUGAUUGCAGAGUCCUGGAGGCUGGUGCAGGAUGGUGUGAUCUCGGUGAAGGACGUGGACCUGGUCAUGUCAGAGGGACUGGGCAUGCGCUACGCUUUCAUUGGUCCGAUGGAAACCAUGCACCUGAACGCACCUCAAGGUCUGGGGGACUACAUGAGGAGGUACGGCCCGGGCAUCCAGCGUGUCCUGUCCUCCUUCGGGCCCACCCCUGAUUUCACUGGGGACCAGGCCAAGGACAUUGUCAAGGAGAUGUGUGCGCUCGUCCCCCCGGAGCAGCUCUCAACCCGGACAGAGCGCAGAGACCAGCUGCUGUCCCGCCUGGCCCAGAUUAAGAAGGAGAACUAGACCUGUCUCCCUCAUCCAUUUAUCCCCUCUCACAUCUCACCCUUUUAGCCCUCUGAGCCCUCUCACAUCUCACCCCUUUAGCCCUCUGAGCCCUCGCACAUCUCACCCCUUUAGCCCUCUGAGCCCUCGCACAUCUCACCCCUUUAGCCCUUUGACCCCUUGCACAUCUCACCCCUUUAACCCUCUGAGCCCUCACACAUCUCACCCCUUUAGCCCUUUGACCCCUUGCACAUCUCACCCCUUUAACCCUCUGAGCCCUCGCACAUCUCACCCCUUUAGCCCUCUGAGCCCUCGCACAUCUCACCCCUUUAGCCCUCUGAGCCCUCGCACAUCUCACCCCUUUAGCCCUCUGAGCCCUCGCACAUCUCACCCCUUUAGCCCUCUGAGCCCUCGCACAUCUCACCCCUUUAUCCCUCUGAGCCCUCGCACAUCUCACCCCUUUAGCCCUCUGACCCCUCGCACAUCUCACCCCUUUAGCCCUCUGACCCCUCGCACAUCUCACCCCUUUAACCCUUUGACCCCUUGCACAUCUCAUCCCUUUAACCCUAUGAGCCCGCCCACAUCUCACCCCUUUAGCCCUUUGACCCCUCACACAUUUCACCCCUUUAGCCCUCUGACCCUUUGAAAUCUGUGAUGGCUGUUAAAGGGGGUUUGAUUCUGUUGAAAAACCUGAUGAUCCUGGUGUUUUUAAGUCGCUCUUGUGUCCAUAAAUCGGGCUAUGAUCAUUAGUAACAGACCAGCCAGGUUCCUUUUGCGUUGGAUUCGGCUCCAACUUCACCUCUGUAACUGCUGCCCUCGAUGAGCUCAUUUGGCUGGAGCUGAAUGCUGUGGUUGACGUUUGUGGUUUACCUGGAAUUAUGAUUGACUGAAUGACAGAUGCUUUUUUUAAAUGAAAGAAUAACGUGCACUCUUACUCUGAGUCCCUGUGCGAGUGUGACACUGGAGCACAGAUGGGAUUCUCUCCUCAUCUGUUGUGAACUUUUGUACUCUGAUUGUCCAAUAAACAUGUGAUCUUUGAA